AUGAAAACCCAAUCUGCAAGAGCGUCGGAAACUCCGGAGAAACGUGAAUGCAGACGGUUAACCGAUAAAAUGAAAACUCAAUCUGCAAGAACGUUAGAAACUCCGGAGAAACGUGGAAGCAGGCGGUUGUCCAAUAAAAUGAGAACUCAAUCGGCAAAAGCCUCAGAAACACCAAAGACGCGUGAAUUUAGAUUGUUGGGUAAAAACCUCAGAACUCAAUCUAAAAGGGCGUCGGAAACUCCGGAGAAACGUGAAAGCAGAUUGUUGGCUGCUAAAAUCAGAACUCAAACUGAAAGAGCGUCGGAAACUCCAGAGAAACGUGAAAGCAGAUUGUUGGCUGAUAAAAUCAGAACUCAAUCUGAAUGAGCGUCGGAAACUCCGGAGAAACGUGGAAGAAGAUUGCUGGCUGAUAAAAUCAGAACUCAAUCUGAAAGAGCGUCGGAAACUCCGGAGAAACGUGAAAGCAGAUUGUUGGCUGAUAAAAUCAGAACUCAAUCUGGUAGAGCGUCGGAAACUCCGGGGAAACUGGAAAACAGAUUGAUGGCUGAUAGAUGUAGAACCCGUGACAAGAACCGUUUUUGCAAGUGUCUAAAGAUAACUUUCUUUCUAUUACUGAAAUGUUGA